AUGCUCAAAGAGACCUCAAAUCAAGGGGAGAACAGCAAAUGACUGCUCAGUCUGCAGAUGGUGCACUGAAAACAGCUAUUAUCAUAUGAAUGGAGCAGGCUUAGCGAGAUUUGUUUGUAAUCCUCCAGUGCAACGUGAGCUUUGCACGCUUGUACUGAAGUGGUAAUCUUCCAGGCUUGCCAGUCUCCGAAUCGUAAAUCUGCAGAUGUGCCAGAGACAUUAUAUCCAUCUGAUGUCCUCUUCUGCUAUAUUAAGCUGGAUUAAUGAUGACAGUGAUUUUCUCUGGGUUCCUGUGUGGUUGUCUUGAUUCAGUACAGCUACAGAAUGAACAUAUCGGCAGUCUUCAAUGCUCUUCUUGUAUCAAUCCUGGCAGCAGUACUCUGGAAGUAUGUGAAGCUAUGGGAGCAGUACUCCAUUAUUGAGGAAGAGCUAGAUCUAACUCGUCAAUCCGAAGAAUUGUCUCAGGUUCGCAUUGACUACCAGGCAGCCUUGUAUGCUCUGGUGGAGGAUGGCACGAGAAUGGUGUGCACUGGCAGGAUGCAUACAGACCGUGUAUGCCGCUUUGACUCACUCUGCUACUCUACAGAAGCUGAAGAGUUUGUCUUCUUUCAUAGCAACUCUUCAAUCAUGUUACCUAAUUUGGGCUCCAGACGUUUCCAGCCAGCACUGCUAGACCUGUCUUCAGUGGAUGACCACAAUACUCAGUAUUUCAACUUUGUAGAGCUGCCAGCUGCCGCUUUGAAGUUUAUGCCUAAGCCUGUUUUUGUGCCAGAUGUUGCACUUAUAAUGAACAGAUUCAAUCCUGACAACCUAAUGCAUGUUUUUCAUGAUGACCUUCUACCCAUUUUCUACACAAUGCAGCAGUUCCCAGACUUAGAUAUGGAAUCUCGACUUUUCUUCAUGGAAGGCUGGAGUGAAGGUCAACAUUUUGAGCUGUAUAGGUUUUUAAGCAAUAAGCAGCCUCUUUUGAAGGAACAGUUAAAAAACCUAGGAAGGCUUCUCUGCUUCACCAAAUCCUAUGUGGGCUUAACAAAACUCACCACAUGGUAUCAGUAUGGCUUUGUCCAACCACAGGGUCCAAAAGCCAACAUUUUGGUUUCUGGUAAUGAAAUCAGACACUUUGCUAAGUUCAUGAUGGAGAAGUUAAACAUAAGUUCAGAGCAAGGUUCUACAGAUGACUACAUAGUAUUGUUCAGUCGAACACUUAACCGACUUAUUGUAAAUGAGGCAGAAUUACUCCUUGCGCUUGCUCAGGAAUUUCAGAUGAAAACUAUCACAGUGUCACUUGAAGACCACUCAUUUGCAGAUAUUGUUCGACUCAUCAGCAAUGCCUCCAUGCUCGUGAGCAUGCAUGGUGCCCAGUUAGUCACGUCCCUGUUUCUACCAAAAGGUGCUGUUGUGGUGGAGCUUUUUCCUUUUGCGGUAAACCAUGAACAUUACACACCAUACAAAACACUGGCAAUACUCCCAGGUAUGGAACUUCAAUAUGUUGCAUGGCAAAAUACUGAGGAGGAAAAUACAAUCACUUAUCCUGAUAGGCCAUGGGAACAGGGUGGGAUUGUACAUCUGAGUGCAGCUGACCAAGAACGAAUAAUGAAAAAUAAAGAAGUACCCCGUCACCUCUGCUGUCGUAACCCAGAGUGGCUCUUCCGUAUAUAUCAGGACACAAAAGUGAAUGUUUCCUCACUUGUACAAGCCAUAAGAAAUGUCGUAAAAACAAAACUGGUUUCUAGGAAGCAGAGGUGGGUUAAUGGGCCUUAUCCUGGAAAAGUUAGAGAAGCAAAAUGUCAGGCUUCCAACCAGGGUACGAAGGUAGCCAAGUUGUCGGUAUCUUGGCAAAUACCAUGGAAUCUUAAGUACUUAAAAGUAAGAGAUGUUAAAUAUGAAGUAUGGAUACAAGAACAAGGUGAAAAUUCCUACAUGCCUUACAUCUUGUCUCACCAGAACCACACAUUUUCUGAAAACAUUAAACCAUCUACCACGUAUCUUGUGUGGAUCCGCUGCAUUUUCAACAAAAAUCUUCUUGGGCCUUUUGCAGAUGUCCUGCUGUGUAGCACAUAACAGCAAAAAGCAUGGUCAUGUUUGGUUUAGAAUCAACCAUAUUUAAUUGGCAUGCAAUGGACUCAUUUUAGAGUACCAAAGAGGGCCAUGCAGAAAAUAUUCUUUAGGUUUUGUAUGUUUUUCAGUGUUUCUACCUUUUUAAACAUAUUCUAAACAAAGGUAUAGUGCAUUAAUGUGACUAAAAUGUAAUUUAUUUUUUAAAUAGUUUAGCAACUCAUAG